UAGCGCGCGGCAUUCAAGUAAUUUAUUUUUCCCGUUUAUUUUUACAAAUUGGGCCUAAAGUGUCAGUAUUAAGUGUGAAAAACAUAGUACUCGACCGAAAAUACAACUCAAUAGUACUGUUUGGCUACAACUAAAAGUCUCGCAUUCCUCCUCCCCUCACAAAAAAUGUUUGUAUUGCGACGCACCGUUCUGCAGGCCACCAAUUGCCGUUCACAACUGAUGCGAUCCGUCCUUCAAGCCAACUUCGCAAGCAGCGCGGCGAUGGCCAACAAGAUACGUGCUGGACCCGUCGUCGAUGUGUUGGGUGAUGAAAUGACCCGCAUCAUUUGGCAGUCGAUCAAGGACAAGCUUAUCCUGCCCUUCCUCGACAUCGAACUCCAUACAUACGAUCUGGGUAUUGAGUACCGCGACAAGACUGAGGAUCAGGUCACCAUUGAUUGUGCCGAAGCCAUCAAGAAGUACAAUGUAGGCAUUAAGUGUGCCACUAUCACGCCCGAUGAGAAGCGUGUGGAAGAGUUCAAUCUGAAGAAGAUGUGGAAGUCCCCCAACGGAACCAUUCGUAACAUUCUCGGCGGCACUGUCUUCCGUGAGGCUAUCAUUUGCAAGAAUGUGCCCCGCCUCGUCUCGGGCUGGCAGAAGCCUAUUGUUAUCGGUCGCCAUGCCCAUGCUGAUCAGUACAAGGCUGUGGACUAUGUUGUACCCGGCCCAGGCAAGCUGACGCUGACCUGGAAGGGUAACGAUGGUCAGGUCAUUGAUGAGGUUAUCAAUGACUUCAAGGGUCCUGGCGUUGCCCUUGGAAUGUUCAACACUGAUGAUUCGAUUGUAGACUUCGCGCAUGCGUCCUUCAAAUUUGCUUUAGAUCGCAAGCUUCCUCUGUACAUGAGCACCAAGAACACCAUUCUAAAGAAGUAUGACGGUCGCUUUAAGGACAUCUUCGAGGAUCUGUACAAUAAGCAGUACAAGAAGGAUUAUGAGGCUGCUGGCAUCUGGUACGAACAUCGUCUCAUUGACGAUAUGGUUGCUUAUGCCAUGAAAUCAGAGGGUGGCUUUGUCUGGGCCUGCAAGAACUACGAUGGUGAUGUCCAGUCCGACUCAGUUGCCCAGGGCUAUGGCUCUCUGGGUCUGAUGACGUCGGUGCUGUUGUGCCCCGACGGCAAAACCGUCGAAGCUGAGGCUGCCCAUGGAACUGUGACGCGUCACUUCCGUUUCUAUCAGCAGGGCAAGGAAACCUCCACCAAUCCUAUUGCUUCCAUCUUUGCCUGGACCCGUGGUCUACUGCACCGUGCCAAGCUCGACAACAACGAGCCUCUGAGGCAGUUUGCCGAAACGUUGGAGGAGGUGUGCAUUGACACCAUCGAGAGUGGUUCAAUGACCAAGGAUUUGGCCAUUUGCAUUAAGGGUAGUAUCAAUGCUGUUAAGCGCAGCGAUUACCAGGAGACUUUCGAAUUCAUGGACACACUAGCCAAGAAUCUGGAGACGGCGCUGAGCAAGAAGGCCAUUGUUUCAAAGUGACUAGCCGAAGGAGAUCAUCAGACGUCGCAUCUUUAGGCAAAGGUCUUAAGCAAAAAGGAAAACGAACACCACUCAGACUCAGUUGUGCUUGACGUCGUCGUUUCUACCCUCGUCCUUGUUCACCUUUUGUAUAGUAGAUGUGCAUGUGUGUCGCUUACUGUGUUUUAAAUACUUUUAUGCAUAUAUUUGUUCUUUGUCUCUGGGAGACAUCAUCAGCAUUCUACGCAUACAUACAUAUAUCUACAUUUAUAUAUACAUAUAUUUUUUAAACGCCUGUCAAGUCUCAAUGUCGGCUAACAUCUUUGUCAACUGUAAUAACGGUAAAGAAUUGAAUAUACAAUAAAAUAUUUUUAUACCGCCAAUGGGAA